GGAGGAGGAGGAGGAAGCUGGGCCGGAUUAGACCUACUACCAUAACUAUGCAAUGAUGGAGGAGGAGUGGAGGGGGCAACCUGGCCUUCGGGAAUGCCACAAGGGCUUGAUUUAUGAGCAAUAGGUAGCAGGGGACGUAGCUACACCUCCGCUAUUAUUGACAGGAAGAAGAGGCCGGGCCUUUUGCUUUGUGGACUGACUGGGUUUUGCCCGCCCCGGGCUGGAGUUGUGUGGGAUGAUGUUGCUCAGCCAUCCUCCUCCUCCUGCUGCUGCUGCUGCUGCACAGUAGGCGACUGCUAUGCACUACCCUAAAGUUUGCUCUCCCUAAAACUGUUGUCUAAUAUGACUUCUGCUUCUUCGCUUGAGGAGAAAGAGCUUGAAGAGAGGCUGAGGGAAGCGGCGGCUCUGGGGGACCUGGAGGAGGUGCAGCGCUUGGUCCAGGCUGGAGUGGAUGUCAACUCUCAGAAUGAGAUCAAUGGCUGGACUUGCUUGCAUUGGGCCUGUAAACGUAACCAUGCUCAGGUGGUAUCAUACCUGCUUGAUGCUGGCGCUGAUAAGAACAUUCUCACAGUUAAAGAAGAAAGACCAACUCAGUUAACAUCAAAGAGAGAGAUUAGAAAGAUGCUGGGAGUGGAAGAUGAUGAUGAUGUUCUGGAUGUGAAGAAAGAUUCUACCUUGCCCAUUAUCCCCAAUUACUUGGCUAACCCACCAUUCCCUUAUGUUUAUAACUCCAUGAGUAGCAGCACUACCAGCACCUCAGGUUCCUCUUUGAAUGGAAGAAUUUCCCCUCAUAUGGGACAGCACAAUGAGGACUAUUCUGUUUCUUUACCUCAGAAUCAGGUGUCUGGCACUGCCAUGGUACAACAUGACAGGUCAUCCCCUGUAGAGGCCAAUGGGGAUGCAAUGAAGGCCAUGGCUCUAGAAUGCCCAGAACCUGUACUCCAGAAUGGUCAUGUUCGUCAAAUGCCUCUUCCUCCAGCUAGGACAAUCUCUUCCCCCAGCCUGUCUAAACAGCCUGAAACUCAGCAACCUCGUGGCCCUUAUGCAGGACCUGUUCCAGCAUUUCAGCCCUUUUUCUUCACUGGAGCAUUUCCAUUUAGCAGUAUGCAAGAACUGGUGCUCAAAGUCAGAGUUCAAAAUCGUACUCUCAAAGAGAAUGACUUCAUUGAAAUUGAACUGGACCGACAAGAACUGACUUACAAAGAACUUCUCAGAGUGAGCUGCUGUGAACUAGGGGUUAAUCCAGAACAUGUGGAGAAAAUAAGGAAGCUUCCAAACACCAUAUUAAGGAAGGACAAAGAUGUCUCAAGGCUUCAAGACUUCCAAGAAUUAGAGCUCAUUCUAAUGAUGAGUGAAAAUGACUUCCUGUUCAGAAAUGCUGCACCACCGUUGACUGAAAGGCCUUGUUAUAAUAAGAAAGCAUCAACACUGACUUACUAAUUGUUCACUCAAUAAUACCUGUCACUAAUAUUUAACUAUUAAACCUAGGAUUUUGUAAGGGCUAUAAUCUCAAAUUCUACUUUACAGCAUUAACCUAUUGAGCAUACUUAUUUGGAAGCAUGUUCCUCUAGAAACAGCUAAACAUGUUUCUAGUUAACUGUGCUUGCAUAAUGAUGUCAUAUUUGUAGUGUCUGCCAUUAAUCUUUGAGUGAACUGGCAGUCAAAUAACAUUCUGGGAUAGAAUAUUAAACAGUGACAGAAGAGUUCCUCUCACCAUGCAGCAUUGGUUCUUGCAAGGGUAUUAUUUCUUCCCCAAAUGCUGCAGAGUUAGAAGUCUCAGGGAAAGACUUAAAAUAAACUGUUCUAAUAAUUGCUACUGAUUAAAGAGAGCAGGAACACUUAUAUUGAAGGGCAGAACUUGGGAUCCAUGUAAAGCUUCUAAUAGGACACUUAACAUGCAGAGACUCCCAAAAUGUCUAACUAGAGUUAAAUGUGCAACAUGUAAGGUGGAUAAGCUAUUUUUAUAGAGAGAAGGGAGAGAAUAAAGGUUCUCAGACAAUAGGUACACAGGCACAGAGUAGCAAGAGAAUUCUGAGUUGCACAAAUAGGCCACCCUUUGGGAAGAGCCCCUGUAUAUGUGCAAGCGGGAUCUGUUUUGCCUCAUCUACAUGUCAGGAGGAGCAGGCAGUGUUUUUAGAGGCAAGGUAUGGGUCAAGAGGGAAACCUGGCCUUGCCACUAUUAGGACAAGCUUCCAGUAAGCUUCUGGAAAGUCAUCCCUCUCAGUGGUAUACUGUGGCUUGGGCAGAACUUGAGAGGGAAAGGAAGAUUUCUUGGACUACAAUCCCCUAGCUUGCAUAGCCAGUGGUCACACUGGCUUGGGGAUUCUGGGAGUUGCAGUCAAAAAUGGAACUUUCUCAAACUCUGGCCACAGAAUUGCUGGACAAGACAGCUCCAGCUUUGCCCAGUUCUUUUAGAAGCAAAGCUUGGACUUCUGACAAAAGCACAACAUUUUUUAUUUGGUUGAUUUAAAAAAUAAUUUACCCAAAUUAGCUGUGAUUUCUUCAAAAUGGUGCUCAAACAUUUGAACAUAUUUACUGUAUUAACGCAAACUAUAAAUAUGGUGUUGACCAAAACUCUUAGGAUGUGUAUGUCUGACUUAUGAUUACUUGUCAGUAAACAAUGUAGACUGGUUGGCAGUAUCAGGCAGUGUUUGGGUAUUUCUAUUUUUUGCUUUUCUGUUUCAACUUAUGGGGCUUUCUGAAGGUUGAUUAGGAUGGAUAUUGCAUGAGACAGCCUGAAGCCACAUGUGGACUGAGCACAAUUUUCCUUAGCCUCCAUUCCAGGGGUGAGAAUCAUGCAACUGCCUGGAUAUUGUUGGACUACACCUCCCAGCCUUUCUCACCAUUGGCUAUCCUGAUGGAUUUGCAGCCCAACAACAUUUGGAUGGCUGUGUGCUUCUCCCACCCCUGCCCUAGCUUUUAUACCAUCUGUCCUCCAGUUUUGAAACUAUUACCUAUUUAAGUAAAAUAAUCUAGCAUUUUAAAUAGCAGAUUUACUUUUAAUACUAAGAUAACUAAGCUAAAAUCUUGGAAUUUCUAUGCAUUUUUGACCAACUUGCUUGCAUUUCAUAUAAGCAUGCCCAGCUUUUCAAGUUCUAUAUACAUAAUCUGCUGUCAGGUACUAGAGUAAACAAUCUGGAAAAGCAUGGAACAUAAUAACACUUUUGAAUAAUAAAUAAUAUAUCUAGCUUGCUAAUUUUGGUGCCCACUUGUCAGUGCUUCUAACCUGCAUUUUUGGGCAAGUAUUCAUGAGCCCUGUGAUCCCAGUUAUGAACCAGGGCUUUUUGAAUAACAGCUAUUUCCUCAGAACUAAGUCAGGUCUGAAGUGACUGCUGUGUCUACAAUAAUGCAUUUGGAAAGCAUUCCGAUGGAAUGCUUCCGGAAUGCCAGAACCAUUCAUUCCUAUAAACUUUUUCAGAAAAGGUAUGUGACCAGAAUAAGGAUGUGAAAAAUAUUUAUUAGUAUUCCCAUCCUCAACAGCAAAAAUACAUCCACACAUGCACCUGUUAGAGGAAAAGGUGAACAACAGUAAUAAGAUUUGCACUUCAGGGUUCUGGGGAAAUACAUUUGCACAAAAAAUAUGUACUCUCUCUGUGUCUAUGUGCAUUUACAUGUGUACGCACACACACAUGUGCAGAAAAUGUAUGGAAUUAGUGCAUUUUUGCAAAUUGUGUAAAAUUGUGCAAAUUGUAUAAAUUUACUUCAGAUGUACAAAUAUACUAUUUUCUGCAUUCAUGGACAGAAAUUGUAUUUUUUAUGUUAAAUGCAAUAUUUUUGCAUGAGUGAGUAUAAUCUAUGCAAAGUACAGUCUUCUGCACAAAGUACUGCUUUAAAAAACACCCAGAAAUGUUUUUUGUGCAAAUAAAUUUUCCCAAAUAUCAAGUGCCAGGAAAUUGCAUUGAAAGCCUCAUGUUUUCACGAAUAGGGAGAAAAUAGCAGAAGUUAUACAUUUGGAUGAAAUAAAGAUUUAAAUGCAUAGGUUAGAACAGUAGUUUUUGUUCCGUUUCUGCUAACUGAUCUGAAUGGCCAGCUGGGUGAUUCCAUCCAUCCUAACAGGUGUUCCUGUUGAUAGUGACUGGAACAAAUCCAAAUUGAGGGCUCCUAUGCAGCUACUUAUCUAAAUUAGCAAGCCCCAGUCUACCCAUUGAUUUACAUCUGCAAGAACUAAAAGGAGUCAGAAAUGUCUCCCAGUUGGAGGUGGAGGGAUUUUUCCACUAUGCUCACCGUUUUUAGUUGUCUCCCUCUUCUCCCUGCUGCUUAUGCAAUCAGAGAAGGGGGAAGGAAUCCUUUAGUUCUGGAUUUCCUACAUCAAGUUGAGGUGUACAUGUCUGUGUUUCUGUUAUCUGUGACUAUUGCUCCCAUGACCACUGCCUCCUCAAGAUUGGCUCACUGGCAGAACAGGCUAUUGACCAAGAAUCUGUAGAAUUUAUUCAUACAACAGUAAGGAGGCCGACCUUGUUAGAUCCUGCCCUUUUAUUUUAGACUGUAUGGGGCAAAGUUAAAAGGAGUGCCAGUCUGUGCACUUGCAUUCCAAUUCCAUCUCACUUUGCUUUCCUACUCAAACAGUAUUCUUUCCUCUCUAGGCAGAACUUUUGACAAGUAAAUUCAAUACUAAAUGUCAGUUACUGUCAGUGAUUCAUUAUGAUCACUUGCCUCUAUUAGGUUAGUGCUUGAAAGAUGCAUUGUAGAAUCACUGUGAUUAUUUAAUCACAGAAUGUUAAGAUCAGGGUUUAAAAUCUGAACAAUCCCUUUAUGGAAGGGAGCUCAGAAUUGAUGGCAUUAUUGUGAACAACCACUCUCUAUAUACAGGUUUUGAUUCAGGCAAUAUAUUAAAAAUUAGGGUCUAAAUAACAUGAGGUUUGCCUGGACUACGUAAGGGGAAUUAUUAGUAUUAUUAAAAUACUUGUGCAAGUAUUUAAAUAGAUGUAUAACUUACAGGCAAAGCACUUACAGUAUUUGUCUAAAAUGAACUGUUCAACAACUAAACUGUUGAACAAAUAUAUUUUGUUUUAAGUGAAUUAACUAUUAAAAAAAGUAGUAGCUAAUCUUUAAGUGACAUGAACAGGAGAUCUGAUUGAUCACAGAUGCCAAGACUAAACAGUUGGAGGGUCAUUGUUAUCUCUGGUAACUAGAAAUCAGAGGACACAAAUUAAUUUGUGACAAUCCAAAAUACAGCGUAUAGCUGAAAAGAUGCUCACAACCCAUGUUCAUGUAGACACUGAUUCAAGAUAACCUAAGAUUGUGUAAGCGAGGUCUUACAUGAGAAUGUUAUAUUUAGUCCUCUUGUCACCUGACUUCACUGAGCUAAGAUAUCCAUUUUUCCAGUUCAGGGCCUGAUACACUGACAUGUCUAAUGCCCUAUGAGAUUUUAAUUUUGAAUCCUUGUAGGCCUUAAACUUCAGCAUAGGGCUUUAAAUAUGCAUAAUGUCACAGGAACAAUCUAUUGUUUCUGUUUUUGCAACGCACUUAAACGUGUACCUUAAAUCAGUCUACACCAGUAGUCCCCAAACUUUCAUCUUCUGGAUGUUUUGGACUUUAGCUUGUAGAAUUUCUGACUUUUGGCCAAGCUGACUGGGGCAUCUGGGAGCUGAUAUCCAAAACACCUGGAGGACCAAAGUUUGAGAAACAUUGGUCUACACUGUCAACUGUCCUAAAUAUGAUUGAAUGGAAAACAGGCUCUUGUGCUAUAAGAUUUGGCUUAGAAAUUCCAGCACCUUUGAGGACACUCUUAAAAGAGGACAGCUGUAAUCCAGCACAGAUUCAGUGAGCUGAAGUGUGCUCCUUUCUAUGCCAAAUUGUGAUGGUAAAAUUUUAGGAUUUACAUUCAGAAGCAGAUAUCUGCAGGACUCCAAAAUGUGGGGAAACAGAUGCAGUCUAUUGAUUAGCCAUAAUAUUAAUGAACAAAUUGCAGUUCUGUUGAUCAUACUGCACAGUUGCUGGCAUCUUUCUAUGCACUCAAAGAAAUAUUUUUAUAUUGUGUAACUUAUGCAAUUUAUAACAGAGGAUUUUAUUAGCUUUGCUAACCAAAUUAUUAACUUAAUAACAACAACUGUGUGGUUCUUUCUCUCAUCAGUGGAUAUAAAGGAUUCACAACUUCCUGAAUUACUACAUAAACAAUGUGAAAAUGAAGAAUUAACCAAAUGGCUAAGAUUCUUGUUUCUGAUGUGUUGUAUCCUUUUUAUAAUUAAUAAAAUGCUGUUGCCUUUAAAACUGAAAA